AUGAGAGCAAUAAAUUCACAUGUUGUCCUAAUUGAUCUCCACUCCACUUCAUGGCAAAGAAACAACAGACACUUUCUAUUUCCCGCUCCUCUCAUCCACCGUUUCCGAGGUUCGAAACCGAUUCGUUCCUCGAAAUCAUAUUCAGUUUCUCCCGAAAUUCGGCGUCCGUCUGAUCGAUACCCGAUCGGGAAUGGGUCAGCGCCGUCGGUUUCGCAAAGCGGAACCACCAUUGAGCUUGAUAUGUUUCUGGGGCUUCUUCCGUUUGAGAUGAGGACGGAGUUGUAUAGGCAUAGUGAGAUUGGAGGUUUGAUUGAGGUUGUUAUGGAUUUAGGGAGAAAACCUCUUGCUAGGUUUCCUUCUGGUGAUUGGGUUAUUUCUCAACAACCUAUUAACCACAGCGAUUUACAACACGCCAUUUCCAAGGUUGGUGAGUUUUCGGAUGACAACCGAUCUGGUAUUGAUAGCUCUUUGCAUAGAAUAAGCGCAAUUCGGAAUCGUCAGAGGCAGGUCAUUGGACUUACAUGUCGUGUUGGUCGAGCGGUGAGUGGUAGUGCUGAAAUUAUACGUGAUCUGGUUGAGGGAGGAGGUUCUAUAUUGGUUAUUGGACCUCCUGGUGUUGGUAAAACUACCUUAAUCAGAGAGACUGCUAGGAUGCUGGCAGAUGAGUUCAAGAAGCGCGUUGUAAUAGUUGAUACAUCGAAUGAAAUUGGAGGUGAUGGAGAUGUUCCUCAUGCAGGCAUAGGAAGGGCAAGGAGGAUGCAAGUUCCAAAUGUGAAUAUGCAGCAUAGUGUUAUGAUUGAAGCAGUUGAAAAUCAUAUGCCUCAAACCAUUAUAAUUGAUGAAAUUGGAACAGAACUUGAAGCAUUAGCAGCAAGUACCAUUGCUCAAAGAGGAGUUCAAUUGGUUGGAACAGCUCAUGGAACAACCAUUGACAGCAUAAUGAAAAAUCCUUAUCUUCAGAUCCUUGUUGGUGGCAUAGAGAGUGUAACUCUUGGGGACGAUGAAGCCAGGAAAAGGAAAGUGCAGAAGACGAUUCUUGAAAGGAAAGGACCUCCUACAUUUACGUGCGCUGUUGAGAUGAUAUCCAAAACUGAAUGCCGUGUUCAUCGGAGAUUAGAUGCAACUGUGGAUGCCAUUUUGGCAGGAAAACCUCCAGUAUUUGAACUCCGUCAUUGGGAUGAUUUUUCCAAUGAUUCGGUGAAGCAUGCUCUAAUACCUGAAGAAAGUCAUGAAGAAACACCUGAUUUAAAUUUAAAUUUAAACUUAACUAACAAUAAUACCAUGAGUUUUGACAGAGAGUAUGGCGAGGAUGAUAAAUACUACUCUCCCACUCGAUUCAAUAAAUGGCGUAAUAAUCGAUCUGUGAUCAAGAGGAGUUCACCAAUGCAAGUGUACACUUGCAAUAUGCUUGAGGCUGAUCUACAACAAGUAACAAAAGUGAUGGGGUUUGAAGAUUUACUAGAAAUAACCGAUGACAUUGGAAGUGCUGAUGCAAUUCUUGCGUCCAGUUCUGAGUUACGACAGAACCCAUGGAUCCGUGGUGCGGCCAAAUUCCACCAGUUACCUGUAUUUGUUCUCAAGUCUAAUACCAUGGCACGGAUGGUAAAGGCCGUAAAAAUGAUCCUUGGGCUAGAAUCCUUUGGCCCCACGACAACAAAGAAGCCAUCAAAGGAAUCUCCGGAUAUUGAAAUUGAGGAUGAAGAACCAAAACGAAAACCGUCUCUUGAAGAGAUUGAUGCCUUGGAGGAGGUUCGGCUAGCGAUAGAGUACAUAGUGAUUCCUGGUGGAGAGGCCGUGGAACUUCUUCCGAGACGUUCUGAAAUUAUCGACCGGCAGCUUGAACUCGUGCAGAGCUAUCAGUUAGCUGCUGAAAAGUCAGGUACUGAUCAAAACACGAGGUUGCAGAUUCUUCCCUUGAGGCUCAGUACCAAAAUAUCCUCCAAAACUGGUUCCGUUUCCCGCAAGAAAAGAAGUUCUACAUCAGAAGCUUCUGCUGGUGUUGUUGUUGGUGGCAAUGGUAGCACUGUCUCUAGGCUUCCUAUUUUACCAGAAUGA